UUGUGUCGAUCGUGUCUUAUUUAUAUAAAUAUUUAUUUAUAUAUAUAUAUAUAUAUAUAUAAACAUUGGUAUGUAGUAAAUUUGCUUUUUUAAAGAGUUAAGAAUAUAGUCAUGUAACAGAGUAUGUUAUGGAGGGAUCCGUUGCGUAGAUGAGCAUAUGCACUAUUGAAAUGUAAACUCUGCUAGUUACCUGAAUUACAGGUGAGAUCGUUAGAUUCAUCAUGGUAGAAAAUUCUCCCUCGCCUCUGCCUGAGAGGGCGAUCUAUGGGUUUGUCCUCUUCCUGGGCUCGCACUUUGCAUUUUUGCUUUAUUUAGUUUGGGCAUAUGUUCCUGAGACCUGGCUCCAUGCUGUCGGCUUGACCUACUGGCCCCAGAAGUAUUGGGCUCUUGCCUUGCCGAUUUAUCUGCUGGUUGCUUUAACCGUGUGUUUUGUGCUGCUGUUUGGAGUCAAUAUGAUAAACACAGCUCCGCUCUGUUCUGUGGACAACGUCACAGAUAAUUUUGCCAAGACGCAGCUUCAGGAUCCAGGCCAGAAAGGGGCCAUACCUAGACUGCGAGAUCUGUCCAUUAGUGAAGCCAACCAUCGUUUCUACCUCAAACACAAUGAACUCUGAGACCCCAGGCCUUAGCAGCUUGAUGCUGUGUCCUUGCAUGAUGCCUCAUGCCUCCAGAUUUCUGAUUUGCAUUGAUCCAUACAGAUGACCAGCAUCCAGGAUUGCUUUUCAUCAGCACUGGCUUCUAGAGUUUGCUGAGGUUUUAGAUGCACCUUUUCCAUCACUCACUCACGACAGCACAGACAUUUGACUUUAAGGUGACCUCUCAGCGUAAGGUAUGGUAAACACAUGACCCUUAGAGGUGGAGUCUAGUCAUGGCACUAAGCAGCGGGGAAAGGUUGCUGAACAACUACUCAGGUAGACGGACUUUUCACGGGCUGAUUGAGAGGAAGUAAAAGUAGGAGUGCAAAGGCAGUGUGAGAACUUUUGCCAAGAAAUAAACUUUGUGUUGUGUAGUUUUUUUUUUUUUUGUGUAGCUAAACUUUUGUUCUUUUUGCUAAUAGAUGGAGCUGCUAUCAGAAAGUACAGCUUAAACUGCAAAUUAUGCAAGAUUUCUGAAUACUGUCUGCAUGUUUUAUUGUGGAACUAUACAAUUAUAUUUACAGUUAUGACUAUUUAUAUUAAAAUGUGAAUUUAAAAAAAAAAAAGUCACUUCUGUACAAAUUUAAUUUGUCUUUUCUGUAAGUGUUGGUAAAAAAAAAUAUAAAUAAAUAAAUAAAUAAAUAUAAAUUUAUUAAUACUCCCAGUUCCCAGGGUUCUGUGAUAUGUAUCUUGAAAGCUGUCCA